GGGGACAGCGGAUCUGGCGGCUGGCGGGGCUAGCGGUCACAAUAGGAGGCGGUGGCCCAGUACGGAGCCGCGGGAGCAGCUGCGCAGGGCGCAGCCUCCCCUCGCAGAUUUCUCCCGGGGCCAAUUCAGCACCUCUACCUGGCCAUCCUAACAAGGUGAUUUGUGAAAGGGUGAGACUUCAGAGCCUGUUCCCUCUCCUCCCAAGUGAUCAGAACACUACCGUUCAAGAGGAUGCUCACUUCAAAGCUUUCUUCCAGAGUGAAGAUAGCCCGAGUCCCAAGAGACAGCGUCUCUCUCAUUCAGUCUUUGACUAUACAUCAGCAUCACCAGCUCCAUCACCACCAAUGCGACCAUGGGAGAUGACAUCAAAUAGGCAGCCCCCUUCAGUUCGACCAAGCCAACAUCACUUCUCAGGGGAACGAUGCAACACACCUGCACGCAACAGAAGAAGUCCUCCUGUCAGGCGCCAGAGAGGAAGAAGGGAUCGUCUGUCUCGACAUAAUUCCAUUAGUCAAGAUGAAAACUAUCACCAUCUUCCAUAUGCACAGCAGCAAGCAAUAGAGGAACCUCGAGCCUUCCACCCUCCGAAUGUAUCCCCCCGCCUGUUACACCCUGCUGCUCAUCCGCCACAGCAGAAUGCAGUAAUGGUUGACAUACACGAUCAGCUCCAUCAGGGUACAGUCCCUGUGUCCUACACAGUAACAACAGUGGCACCACAUGGGAUCCCCCUCUGCACAGGCCAGCACAUCCCUGCUUGCAGUGCACAACAGGUCCCAGGAUGCUCUGUGGUUUUCAGUGGACAGCACCUUCCUGUCUGUAGUGUGCCUCCUCCUAUGCUUCAGGCAUGUUCAGUUCAGCACUUACCAGUACCAUAUGCUGCGUUCCCACCCCUUAUUUCUAGCGACCCGUUUCUUUUACACCCUCCUCACCUCUCUGCACACCAUCCUCCUCAUUUGCCGCCACCAGGCCAGUUUGUCCCUUUCCAAGCCCAGCAGUCUCGAUCGCCUCUACAAAGGAUAGAAAAUGAAGUAGAACUACUAGGGGAACAUCUUUCAGUAGGAAGUUUUACUUACCCGCCAUCCGCCCACCCCCCGACAUUACCUCCUUCAGCUCCUUUGCAGUUCUUAACGCAUGAUCCUCUGCACCAGGAGGUGUCCUUUGGAGUACCUUAUCCUCCAUUUAUGCCCCGGAGGCUUACAGGACGUAGUAGAUACAGAUCACAGCAGCCGAUACCACCUCCUCCUUAUCAUCCCAGCCUACUACCAUAUGUGCUAUCAAUGCUUCCGGUGCCACCUGCAGUGGGACCAACAUUUAGCUUCGAAUUGGAUGUGGAAGAUGGAGAAGUAGAAAAUUAUGAGGCACUGCUAAACCUUGCAGAGCGACUGGGAGAGGCUAAGCCUCGAGGACUUACUAAAGCAGAUAUUGAACAACUGCCUUCUUACCGGUUCAAUCCUAACAACCACCAGUCAGAACAGACUUUGUGUGUAGUGUGCAUGUGUGAUUUUGAGUCAAGGCAGCUACUUAGAGUCUUACCCUGUAACCACGAGUUCCAUGCCAAGUGUGUCGACAAAUGGCUUAAGGCGAAUCGAACUUGCCCAAUUUGCCGAGCUGAUGCUUCCGAAGUGCAUCGGGAUUCGGAGUGACCAACCGAAGAGCACAAAUCUCGUCUGGGUGUUCCUUAUCACAUGUAUAUGCGGACUAGCCAUUGAGCUUCAUCUGUGUGGCUUCCAGCCUUCCCUUUACCAAAAGGGUCAAUGGACCUUUCUUUGCACUGUGUGACUUAAUCAACUAUAAAAGCUUACAUUAGUCUUCACAAUUAUGGGAUUAUUAUACUAACCGUGUGAUUGGAACUCCAAAGACUUUCUUUAGCUUAAUUUUGUGUGUGCACUAACAUUCCCUGGUUUUUGUGUGAUCAUUCCGAGUGUUGCUGCAAGAUUACCGUGGACGUGAUCUUUUAGCAUGUGCUUUUUUAAAAAGUGGUAGCUCCAGAUGAUGAUAGCAAUCUACCUUCUAUAGAGCCUUCAGAAACUGUGAGUGGGAAUGAAUGCAGUGUGUGCCUGUCAGCUGGCGAUACAUGUCUCCGUGUGCGAGCGAGCGAGCGAGCUAGUGUGUGCAACUACUUGUAUGAGGGCAUGGUAGUUAAUGUGUGUAUGAGAUCCUAUAUACCAGCAUGUACCAAGAAUGUGUGUGUAGUUUUAAUUAUGCUGCAAUGUAUAAUCUGGUGUGUUAUUAAAACAGCACUAGUACUGUACACUGGCGCCCCCCCCCCCCUUGUGUUUGCUGUUGCACACUGAUUGCUAAGGGUGCAUCCAUGAUACGCAUUGAAUCCUCCUUCCCCUCCCUCCCAUAGAAUGGAACGAGAAAGCCUUCUUCCUUUGCUUAGGCAGCUGUCACCUUCUCUUCCGGGGUGGUCCUACGUGGGGUCACUUAAGAGAAAAGUGUAACAGAUUCUCACUCCAGGAACCUGAUAGUUUUAUUCUGUUAUGAAAAAAUAAUUUUUUAAUCUCCAACUUGCUGUUUCCAAAAAAAAGGUGCAAUAUCAUAUGUCAUCAGUUAGCAAUAUUAGCAUUUCAAUCAGUGAUUUGAAUGUUGAUACUUUAUUUUUCCUUUACAUUUCCAGUAAGAUUGUUAUAGAAAGUACCUGUGUUUUUUUUUUCCCCCUUCUUAAUGUUUAGGUUUGUAGUCUAUUUUGAAGAUAUUUGAGUAAUAUAUUUCUAAGAAUACCACUGGCCCCCUGAAGUCUCCCCUCUCGGACUUCUACCAGAACAUCUGUUAAUUAACUCAGCCUGACUCCUGAAAUGUCUUCUUUGUUCAAGCUCCUAGAGUCCACUACAUUGAUUUUAAGAAAAUGGUUUUCUUUUUUUUAAUUUAUUCUCCUGUCAAUUUCCCAUUCUGAAAUUUGCCUAGCUCUUCCCGCAGUUAAUGCGCUUCUUUCUCAUCAAGACCCCAAGUCUGGGAUGGAUCAAGUGUGGUGGCGGCUCAUGUUCCUUAGACCCAAUUUGAUUCCCUUUGACAUUUUCUUGGUUUUCCUUUAUAUUUUUGUUUGAGGAAAAUUUAAUUACAUAGAACAGGUGUCCAGAAUACUUGCAGUUUAAAUGAAGAUUUGAUUUUUGUAUAAAAAGUAAUAAUGCUGUGAAACAGGAAUUGACCUUCAUUUCGUUUAUCUGACAACACAUACCUGUGGUUUUUGUUUUUUUCAAAUAGGUUCAUGUAGUCUAAGAUUGUUUAAAGUCGUUUUUCUGUUCGUGUAUUCCCAUGGGCUGUCUCUCCCUGGUGGCACUGCUUUGUUUGCAACAGCACAGCUGUAGAAGUCCAAGCAGGACUGUGACUGCUUGCACUACACUCUCGGUUGGCCCGUGGCAGCCCUCUUCUUCAGACAGUGUUAACUAUGUGUUACUGCCGUGCUGCUUGCCCUCCCUGGAAGUCUCUCUAAGCUCAUCACAGCCUCCAAUUCAGUGAAGUCCAUUCACACAGAAGCACAGUUUUGCCCUUUUACACACACUGUUCCUGUCUGGUUCUACAAAUGGGGUUUUGCUUACUUUGUGUUUCCCCCAGGCCUGUGAGCACAUCAGAAAGACACCAUCCCACUGGUAAAUUCACAUGCGCUUUAUAAACCAGUGCACUAUCCCCACCUGCCCAGAUGAAUACAAAGUGUGUCAAAGACCAAAUUUAUUGGCAUCAUAAUCAGCCACAUACAAAUCAAGUGUAGUUUUUAAUCUUUUUAUUAUUAAAAAAAAAUCAUGUUUAAAAUGGUAAAGGCCUGUCUUUACAUAGACUUUUUAUAUAGCUUCAAAAACUUUGUAUCUGUACAGAUCUAACCUACUUACUACACUCAGUAUUCAUUUUAUUGAAGCAUGCAAGCAAAGCACUUUCUCUAAUUUAUAUAGAGAUACCUGCUUACCAAGGCACAUUGUACUAAUGACUAGGAAAAGUUGCUUUUCUUCCCUCCAACUGAAUUCUUGUCUCUUUUCCAAUUUUGAGAGGCUGUUGGCAGUUUAGAAGACAGCAGGGUCUGUUCUGAUAAAUCCUAUGAUUAUCGCGCUCUUGUGACGGAUCUCUCCUUUGCACGGGGCUCUUGGAGAUGCAGACUGCCUUAGGAAGUGGUUAGUGUGUGGGGGCACACGGGCCUGUGUUCUGAAUCAUCUCAGGAGCCGCAGUGGCCAUGUGGUGAGCAAGAGGCGGAGCGCAGUUGCUUCUCGCCUGCCUGCCUACCUGCCUGCCUUCCUCUUGGGCAGCGCGUCACGUCUCAGACAGGUGUUGGUUGGUUGCCUUCCUCCUCUUCCUGAAACAAGAUUGGCUUCACCAUCUCUGCUGUGAGUGGUUUUGUUUUCAUUUUUGUGUGUGUGUGUUGUAUGUAUGAACUGUCAACUUUGAUUCCCCAACCCCUCCCACCCCCGACCCCCAAAAGUCAAGGCCUCCCAGGUGUCCGAGAUCUCAUAUUAGGAUUUUCUGUCCUGGAAAAAACAAACUUUUUUUUAAUCUGGAAAAUGUGAACACAUAUUUAGAUUUUAUAUACUCUGAAAAAUAUGAUUUGUUACGAUUCUUAAAUUUGGACCUCUUGUAAUGUUUUGAAUGAGAUCUACCAGCUCACUCCUGAGAAUGUUUUUCCCAGAGACCCUUAGGCCUUCACCAGGAAGUGGUUCCCUGUGGGCACAUUUGGUUACCUCAUUUUGCUGUUGGUUUCAGAUUAUGAAAGCUUACGGGGUGUUUUGGGAAUCAUUUGCUGAGUCAUUCUCUCAAUUCAUACUCCACUGUACCAGUUAACAUGUACUUUUAAAUGUACGUACUAUAAAUAUCUGUAACCAAAUCAUUUGAAGGCUUGAUAAAUUUUUAACAAAGUUUGUACAUUUUUUAUGAAAGUUACUAGUAACGCUUUACUAAGUAGUGCAAUGAAUUUUUAUUUUUAAUCCCUGUGCCCAAUUUUGGAGUUGAGAGGGUUGUUGGUAAUAAAUGUAUGAUGUACACUUAAA